CCCUAUCAAACCUAAACAAAGUGCUGUCAAAUGGAUCAAGUCGUCUGCAAUUAAUUGGAUCAGUGCAAAAACAUUGGAAAGAGAAGUCCCAGACGGCUAAAAUAAUCACGAAAUUGGAAGGUGAUUACAGCAAAAGCUUAAAAGAAACCAAAUUACAUUUUUACUGAUCCCCACCGGCUGCAAAUGAUGGCCUCGGUGCGCAUUCCCGAGCAGAAAAUUAUCCUUUGUGGCGAGUAUGGGGUGGGGAAAAGUUCUAUUUUUCGACGCUUUGCUACUAAUACUUUUGUGACUACAACAGACCGGAGGUCAACCCUCGGAUUAGAUCAUUUUGAUCGGAGUUUUGCUGUGGGCGAGCGAAACGUUAAGUUGCAACUGUGGGAUACCGGUGGUAUGGAGCGCGUUGCUUCGGUUACUUCAAGUUACUACAAGUUCGCUGAAGCUGCAGUGCUAGUUUUCGCACUGGACAAUUUGGCCUCAUUUCAUUCCCUUUCGCAGCACAUGCUAGACGUGGUAACCUACGCGGAGAAUGCAAAAAUCUUCCUGGUCGGGAAUAAAUUCGACCUAGAGCAAACCGGUGAUCCGGAGGUAACCGAUGCGGACAUGGAAUCUUUUUGCGAGCAGUGUCACAGCCUCAUUAGUGCGACCUACAAGACGUCCUGUAAAACGGGCGAAGGGUUGGAAGAGAUGUUUCAGGACAUUGCAAACACCUUGGUGGAAUCGAAUCGAUCCCGACUAGAACUGCAAGCGCUGGAGCAGCAUGGGUUCAAGAUCGAACCGCCGGAAGAGUUCGGCGAGCCGUCAUGUCUUUGCUAGUAUUUCGUGCCCUAAACAGGGCACUUUUGUUUAGUAGAAGAUUUUGUGGGUUUCGUCAGCCGUCCGGAUGCGUUUUGAAUGGUGGAGUUGUGAUUGAAAACACUUCGUUGUCUCAAUGUGUUCAGUUUCAAACUAGAAACAUUGCAGAGGUAGCACGAGUGCCAUAGAAAUGGAAUGUGGUGGAUUUAAAUGGAUAAAUUUUAUAUUAUAAAACAUUGACGGAUAAAAUGGUGAUGAAAAUUCAGCAGUUCAUUACAUCGGCGUCAAUCCGUCAGCAGUCAUAACAUACGCUUCAUAGAUAUUUAUGGAGCUUAUAGUAAUUUACAGUAGAUUAUAUCGGUAUCAUUUGAGUCCUAAUAAGAUAUUCCCAAAGCAUAUAAAUUUCUUCGGCUUUUGACCACAAAGUAGAACAAAACAUUGCAGUAAUGCUUAAUAGUUCACUAACACUGACUGCUUUUAAACAUAAGGUACUCAGUAUGGUGCUGAGGUGGAGAUGCGAUUAUAUGCAGCUAUCGCCACAUAAACCAUAUAACUAUAAAAGCAUAACUAAAUCUUGCUAGAUUUCCAAAUGUUUAUUUUGCUUAAUUAUUUGUUCAGCAGUUUAGUAGCUAUAUGUCGUAGUGUGAAACAUCAUGUAGUCUGUCCCUUAUUUGUCAUUGGAGAGCAUUGGUCUCAGGAAAAAUGUAUUUAAUGCGAACAAAAAAUUCAUUGUUUUUAAUGCUAUGAGGAUAUUUGGCGUGUUAGUUUUGCACUUCGAAGAUGUACGAAUUCUGGACAAUCCGUGCUCGUGGUCAUCGAGGAAAUUAGGUUUUGGUUUGUUUGCACUGAUUCCGCAUAUAAUCGGAAACUUUUUAUAAACAUAGUAGUUGUAGAUUCCAAUUAUGUAGUACAUAUAUCCAAUUAGAACAUACAUUAUUAAUAAA